AUGAAGAUCUCCGGUUAUCGGCCAAUUCCGCCCAAGUACUGGGGAAGCAGGCUUACUUCACAACGGGAUCCUUUUCGAGGAAAGAUGCCUGUGAUUGACACCAACAAAGACUUGGUUGCGCUGUUUCGCGAUCAGGUCCGAGCGACCCCUAAUGCCGUUGCUCUGGAGGAUGAGACCGGCACGUGGACAUAUGCCGAAUUGGACCAGGUGACUGCCGCCCUUGCUGACCGCCUUCGUCGACAUGGUGUCGGGCGCGACAACCUCGUUGGCGUGCUCCUGGGCCGCAGUGCAGACUACGUAAUUGCCUGUAUAGCCGCGCUCCGUGCAGGCGGAGCCUUUCUCGUUCUUGAGCUCGCCUACCCUCCUGGCCUGCUCGCAGAUGUCAUUGACGAUGCUAAGCCGACUGUUAUCGUCACACACUCUGCUCACGUCGAGCGCAUCAAGGCUAAUGUCCCGCUCAUUGUGCUUGACAAGCCCGAGACAGCAUCCAAAGGGUCGAUCAAUGGGCCGCCCAUGGACCCUGAUCACAUCUACAUCCUUGACGAGGACGGUAAGAAGCUCGACGUUGGCGUCAGUGGAGAGUUGCUUGUAGGCGGUGAUCUCCUGGCCCGGGGGUAUCUCAAUCUUCCUGAGACAACUGCGAAGGCUUUCCUGCCAGACCCUUUCAAUAAGAAACCGGGAUCACGCAUGUACAAGACAGGAGACCUAGCUAGACUCUUACCGUCUGGGCUUCUCGAGAUCACUGGCCGCGUUGGAGUUUCGGGGAAGGUUGAUCUAAAGAGCCUUCCUCCACCGGUAACAGACAGGCCUCGAAAAUCUGUCGUUGUCAAUGGCGCAAAGACGGAGUCCAAUGUCGAGGUUAAGAUCGAGGUGAUUGCUAAGAUGUGGGCUGCUUCUCUCAAGCUUUCACCAGAUGCUGUGACUCAAGAACAUGAUUUCUUCGACCUUGGCGGGCACUCACUGGCCCUCGCUGAUCUUGCAAGGCGAUUGUCGACCGCGUUUGGUUUCCCCAUCCCGCUGGGCAGUCUGGCUGUCAACCCAACAUUGCAGGGCCACCUGGAAGCUGUCCGGUCAGCUCGUGAUGGGCAUACAGCAGCAGUACAAGCUGAUUUGCCGGCUAUUCUCCGCGCAGAUGCAGUUCUUCCGGAUGAUAUUCAGGCCUCUGGUGCCGUUAUGCGUCCGCUGAGUGAAGCCGGCACCGUCCUCUUAACUGGCGUUACCGGAUUCCUGGGCGCCUUCCUGCUGAACUCCAUUUUAGAGAGCACGGCCGCUCGCGUGGUGUGCUUGGGCUCUGGCACGAUUCGAUUCUUGAUCGAAUUGAACUACUUCCUGGAAAUCUAG